AUGGGUAUCGCGAAGAAAACCAAGAAGUUCGCGCAGAUGAAGCGCACAAUCAAGGCCCGCGACGAACGCCUCAAGAAAGCCCCCGAGAAGCCCAAACCAAAGCCCGACGAGGAAAUCACACGCCACAUCCAGGCUGCCCCGACGAACAUGUUCUUCGCUGCGAAUACCGCGCUCGGUCCGCCAUACCGCGUCCUUGUCGAUACCAAUUUUGUCUCUCAUGCUAUCCGCGCGAAACUCGAUUUGUUGCCUGCUAUGAUGGAUUUGUUAUAUGCUAAGUGUAUCCCCACGUUUACGGACUGCACGAUUGCCGAGUUGGAAAAGUUGGGCGAUAAAUACCGGCUUGCGUUGCGGGUUGCAAAGGAUCCGAGGUGGGAGCGUGUCAAGUGCGACCACAAGGGCACCUACGCCGAUGACUGUCUCGUCGACAGGGUCUCCAAACACCGCAUCUACAUCGUCGGAACAAACGAUAAAGACCUCUGCCGCCGACUCCGCAAGAUCCCCGGUGUGCCGAUCAUGAAGGUCGCCCGCGGGAAGUUCACGAUUGAGAAACUGCCCGACGCGAUGGACUAA